AUGCUGGCCGCCUCCGUCGUCCGUCGGGCCCUGCUGCUCUGCUGGCUCGCUGCCCCGCGGCCCGCCGGGCCCGAGCCCCUUUCCCACAGCCGGGACCGCUCGGACGCGGAGCCCGCCCCGCUGCGCCGGGCCCAGCCCAUCGCGGACCCCGUCGCCGCGCAGCGAUUCCUGUCCAAGUACGGCUGGGCCGACGCGCGGCGCGCGGGCCCCCGGGCCACCGCCCUGGCCGAGGCCGUGCGCAGGUUCCAGAGGGUCAACGCGCUGCCGGCGAGCGGGCGGCUGGACGCGGCCACGCUGGCGGCCAUGAACAGGCCGCGCUGCGGCGUCCCCGACACGCGGCCCCUGCCGCGCCCGGCCCCCGGGCCCCCGCCGCGCCCGCCGCCCCGCGCCCGGCCCAAGCGCUUCCUGCGGGCGCCGCCGCCGCCCGGGGACCCGCAGCCCGAGGUCGCCGCGCCCCGCGGGGGGACCCGGGCCUUCGCCAAGAGGACGCUCACCUGGCGGCUGCUGGGGGAGGGCGCCAGCGGGCAGCUGGCCGUGGGCGAGCAGAGGCACAUCCUCAGGCUGGCCUUCCGGAUGUGGAGCGAGGUGAUGCCGCUGGACUUCCGGGAGGACCUCGCCGCCCCCGGCGCCGCCGUGGACAUAAAGCUGGGUUUCGGACGAGGCCGGCACCUGGGCUGUCCUCGGGUUUUUGAUGGCAGCGGGCAGGAGUUUGCACAUGCCUGGCGCCUGGGCGACAUCCACUUUGACGAUGAUGAACACUUCACACCUCCCACCAGUGACGCGGGCAUCAGCCUUCUCAAAGUGGCCGUCCAUGAAAUUGGCCACGUACUCGGCUUGCCUCACACCUACAGGACAGGAUCCAUAAUGCAACCGAAUUACAUCCCCCAGGAGCCUGUGUUUGAGUUGGACUGGUCAGACAGAAAAGCAGUUCAAAAGCUGUAUGGUUCAUGUGAAGGAUCAUUUGAUACUGCAUUUGACUGGAUUCGCAAAGAGCGAAACCAACAUGGAGCCGUGAUGAUGCGAUUUAGCACCUACUUUUUCCGCAAGAGCUGGUACUGGCUUUACGAAAAUCGAAAUAACCGGACGCGCUACGGGGAUCCUAUCCAAAUCCUCCGUGGCUGGCACGGAAUCCCAACACAAAACAUCGACGCUUUUGUCCACCUCUGGACAUGGAGAAGAGACGAACGUUAUUUUUUUAAAGGAAAUCAGUACUGGAGAUAUGACAGUGACAAGGAUCAGGCCUACACAGAAGAUGAACAAGGAAGAAGCUACCCCAAAUUGAUUUCAGAAGGAUUUCCUGGCAUCCCAAGUCCCCUGGACACUGCCUUUUAUGACCGAAGAAAGCAGUUAAUUUACUUCUUCAAAGAGUCCCUCGUGUUUGCAUUUGAUGUCAACAGAAAUCGAGUACUUGAUUCUUAUCCGAUGAAGAUCACUGAAGUGUUUCCGGGAAUAGAGCCAGAGAACCAUCCCUUCAGGAAUAUAGACUCAGCCUAUUACUCCUACGCACACAACGCCAUUUUCUUUUUCAAAGGCAAUGCAUAUUGGAAAGUAGUUAGCGACAGGGACAGACAACAGCAUUUUUGGCUUCCUUCAAAUGGCUUAUUUCCGAAGCAGUCGAUUUCAGAGCGGUGGUUUGACAUUUGUGACGUCCAUACCUCCACCCUGAACAUGUAAUGAGAAAAACGGGCAAACGGGAGUCAAAGGAUUUCUAAGAGAAAGUCUGAUUUCUUUUACAAAGAAAACAAACCAGAUUUUUAGUAACCAAAUAAGGCUAAAACCCGGUGGGAAAAGCAUUACUUGAACUUUUAAAAUAAUUGAUUUGAAAGUGAAUUUCUCAGGCAAAAAAAAAAAUCCACUGAAUAAUUUUGCCAAUCUUUUAGAAAAGGUUAAAAAAAAGAAUCCUGAGGAAUCCCUGUCUUUCCACCCCCGCCCCCUAAUUUCAUGGAUGGACGGAAGCGUAGCUAUAGCCAUAGGAUCCAGUCAUGUAAGGAAAUGCAGCUCCCUGGGGGCAUUCAGUGGAAAAGGUCACAGAUUUCAAAUUGACUACAUUCCACAAUUCCUGUCAUAAUUUAUAUUUUUCUAAUACAUGACUGUGUACAGAAGGUUUUCCCAUGUAUUUCUCGAUCUUCACAAGUCUGGCAGAGUGCCAGGGGACCUACUCCUGUGCACAUUUCUAGUCGAGGAAGCUGAAGUUCACACUUGCGUCCUUCCCAGAGUCAGAUGCCGUGGUUGCUGGCGACCCUCGCCUCCUCGCUCCAGCCCAGUGCCCAGGCAACCUGCUCUCCAUCCCUGCCCUGAAGUUAACUGCAAAACAAGUCAUCUCGGUGAUCAGGCCACAGAUGGCACAAUUCUUCUCAAGUAAAAGCUAAGACACGAGCACUUUAAGCAGCACGAACUUAAAAGUCAGACUACAAAAACAUUGAAAAAGACCUCUCUCCCCCUGUAGGGAUGUUCAUAUUCUUGCUCAGACAAGGGAAGACAGCUAGAAUUGGUAUCUUCUUGCUUAAAAACAAAUACUCCUCUGGACGAAAAGGCUGUUCAGCCAAGGAGAGGCCAGAGAACAAGACCGGGACUGCGACAUCCCUGACGCCAGCUUACUUCAGCGUCAGAUCUUCCCCACGGAAGCGUGCAGGUUUAACUAGCGGAGACAGCGCUUGCCGAUGGGGGAGCAGAGUGAACGCUGUCCUGACAGGAGACUGAGUCUGUGCACCGGCUUCAUGACUUAGUCAAAACUUUAAAUGCUUCAAUGAUUUUUGAAAAUGGAUGCAAAUCUGUCCCAAGGAAGUGGACAAACGGCCAGCGGCCAGGAGGAGCUCCGCCGAGCUAUGACAGGUGUCAACACACCGCCAAGGAAAACACCCCAAAGUCUUGGUGCAUGAGAAAGCACUCCGUAAAAACUCCGCUUAAAACAAGCUUAUUCCAGACAACUUUCCCUAUAGUUCAGAUUCCUCCAGAGAGGUGUGGCUGCUGAAUGGAGGGGUUCUGCAGGAUCUGCAGGGAAAGGGGUCUGCUGAUGGCAUGAAGGAGGUCGGAGUGGCCCUCGGGGCCAGGCUAGCGGACUUGGAGGCAGGGCAGGCUGUCUACAAAGGCCUCAUGCACCUAAGUCCCAUCCACCCACCUGACAGGAAAGCGUAUGCUUGAUUUCUGUUCCAUUUCCUCGAAACGGAUUUUAGUAGGACAGGACAAGCACAGCGUUGCACGAUGUAUGUAGGCAUGGAAAAAAACAGAGGCCAUGUGUACGCAACUAGACAGGAGCCAU